AUGUCCCAAGCCCAUCGCCCCACAUGGAACCCCACCCAAGGCCGCGAAACCAAAUCCGGCUCCCAGCAAAUCUCCAAGCUCUCCCUCGCCGCGCACACUAAACUCAAAUUCCGCCAGCCGGGGCAGACCAACCAGGGGGACGUCGUCAGGCGGGAUCUGAAGGCGGAGCUAGCAGAAGCGGAGAGGAAGGCGGCGGAUAAGAAGAGGAAGGCGCAGGGGCUGCCGGCGUUGGCGCCGGGGCCGGAGGGACAGUUGAGGAUAGAAGGGAAUGGGGAGGAGGAUGAGGCGGCGGUGAAGAGGAGGAAGGUUUUGGAACAGGCGGCGGAGCUGGAUAAGGAUGAUGAGUCGGGUAGUGAAGAUGAGGAGGAGGCGCCUAAAGACAAGGGGAAGGAUAAGGCGGUGGACAAUGAAGAUGAGGACAGUGAUGACUCCGAUGACGACUCGGACGAUGAAGACGAUACAGCAGCGCUCAUGGCCGAGCUCGCCAAGAUCAAGCAAGAGAGAGCUGAAGAGAAAGCCCGUCUCGACGAAGAAGCAGCCGCCAAGAACGCCGUCUCUCGCGAAGCAGAAAUCGCCACCGGAAACCCCCUCAUGAACCUCCAAGCCGCCCUCGGCACCGCCCCCGACACCCCCGGGUCCACCACCGCUUCUUCCGUAUCAGGGGGCUUUGCAGUCAAGAAGAGAUGGGAUGACGAUGUGAUCUUCAAGAACCAGGCUGUUGGGAUUGAUGAUAAGCCAAAGAAGGGAGAGUUUGUGAACGACUUGCUGAGAAGCGAGUUCCACAAAAAGUUUAUGAACAGGUGA